AUGGAAGAAUAUAGGAGAUGCUUGGAGAGGCAAGAGAGAGAAAGAAAGGAGAGAAACCGUAGAGCCAAUGAAAUCAAUGAGUUGCAGAGGCAAGUCGAUGAACAAGUUCUCAUAGCAGUGGCAAUGGAAGAGGAAGAGAACCAAGGUCGCCGCCGUGGUUCACAAGUCGGCCGUCGCCGGAAUGUGGACAGACAUAGGCAUUCUCGGGUCAUGCAUGAUAUUUGCAAUUAUGAUGCAUACUUUGUUCAAAAGUGUGAUGCUACUGGGGUUUUGGGCCUUCUUUCGGAGCAAAAGCUUACAGCUGUUAUACGAAUGUUGGCGUAUGGAGCAUCUGCUGAUCAGGUGGAUGAGGUUGCCCGAAUGGGGAAGUCCACUACGUUGGAGGCUUUGGUAAGAUUUUGUGAUGCAGUUGAAAAUCUGUACACUAGGGACUACCUGCGUAGACCUACUCCCAGGGACCUCCAACGGCUUCUACAAAAAGCCGAAGCUCGAGGAUUUCCAGGAAUGAUUGGUAGCAUCGACUGCAUGCAUUGGCAAUGGAAGAAUUGCCCAACUGCCUGGCAAGGUGAUUACGGAAAUAGAAAAGGCACAAAAAGUAUCAUCCUGGAAGCCGUUGCUGGCUUCGACACAUGGGUUUGGCAUGCUUUCUUCGGAGUUGCCGGAGCCCAAAAUGACCUCAACGUCCUGGGUCAAUCUCCGGUCUUCAACGAUGUUUUGAGCGGCCAAGGCCCCAAUAUUACCUAUCAAGUCAACAAUACAGUCUACCAGACGGGGUAUUAUCUAGCUGACGUAUCUACCCAAGGUGGACCACAUUUGUCAAAUCCAUUCCGAAUCCCCGAUCCCAUAAGCAAAAAUUAUUUGCUACCUAUCAAGAAGGAUACAGGAAAGAUGUCGAAAGGUGUUUUGGCAUCCUUCAAGCUCGAUGGUUGA